UUCGUUUGGAGCACAGAUUGGGUGCAACUGACUCGCAAGGCCGAUAAACUUCGAAAUCUGCAACUAUGCGCGCCGAGUCCUUCACUUACUCACAACUUUCUAAACUCCCACAAUGUGUUUUUAACGUCAAGACAAUUGAUAGAUAAUUACCAGUCACCAUGGCUGUACCGCCAGCUAAGAUUGAUCGUCAAACAACGACUCCAUUCUAUUUGAAGCUGUUCUACAGAAACAAUGCAGUCCACAGACCUGAAGAAUUUAUCACCUCGGCCGAACUCCCAGCUCACCUGCAAAUAUACACCUGGCCAUCAUGCACUCUCCGCGAACUCUCACACCUCUUGACCUCCGCAUUGCCUACUCUGUUACCCGACCCAGCGAUUGGCACGCGUCUUUCAUUUCGGCUCAUAUAUCCUGACACGCGAAGCUCUGGUCCAGGUAUUGGUGUCGGACCUGGGAGAUAUCUCAUAAAGGAAUUAGGGAGUGUGAUUAUUGGAGAUGGAGGUCCUGGUAUUCUUCCUGAUGAGGAGGAAGCUGCUAUUGUCAGAGGAGGUCAUAUGGAAGGACCACUAGGAGGCGAUCCAGAAAAGACUCUUCAAGAUGCAAGAUUCAUGAUUGGGGAUUACGUCUCUGUUACUAUCACACCAGCAAUGGACAAUGGUAAUGUUGCACCACCACCCUCGGGACCAUCGCGGGGCGGUUUUGGAGGCGGGAGGGGCAUGAAUGACUUUGGAGGAAGGGGAGGCCCAGCUAUGAGAGAAAAUGGUUUUGGAGGUGGGUACAGAGGGAGAGGCGGACGAGGGGGAAAUAACUUUGGGCAAGGGUUUGUUCCUUCUGGUGAGUGGAGGAGGGGGGAAAGAGUGCCAGAUGGUCCUGGUGGUGGUAGAGGACGAGGCUUUGGCGGAGGAUUUGGAGGUGGGAGGGGCAGAUAUUGAGAGACGACUAUAAUGAUACCAUGGGCGGCUGGCUUGUAACUGUACCGAGCUUGCUUGCUCAAUGAUCGAAGCUUUUGCCUGGCGUUACUGUACUACAGCAGAAAAGUAUUGCAUCUUCCU